AUGACUACAACUACAAAGCAGCGUAUAACUACCGCUGAAGAACUAAUGGAUAUGCCGGGCGACGGCCAUAGGUACGAACUUGUUAGAGGGGAACUGCGGAAGAUGGCUCCUGCGGGCAGCGAACACGGAGAGGUAGCGUCUGAUAUAAAUGCCAGUUUGAAUCUCUAUGUCAAGGCAAAUGGAUUAGGUAGGACUUACGCCGCCGAAACCGGCUUCUUUCUGGGGACCGACCCUGACCAUGUUCGCGCUCCCGAUGUUGCCUUUGUCCGGCGGGAGCGCACAGAAGCGAUAGGCCGUCCCGAUGGAUACUGGCCCGAAGCACCUGAUUUGGCUAUUGAGGUCAUCUCCCCGAACGAUCGCUACACCGAGGUUGAUGAAAAAGUCGCUGACUGGCUCGCGGCAGGCACGCGCAUGGUAGUUGUGGUAAAUCCGCGCAACAAGACCGUGAAGGUGCAUCGCUCGCCAACUGAUGUCGCAACGCUGACGAUAGCCGACAUCCUCGAUGGCAGUGAUGUCGUACCCGGGUGGCAGAUGCCCAUCACCGACAUCUUUGCCAACUAA